CUGUGUGCGUGUGCACACCCACGCAAAAGUAUGGCGUCCUCUUCUCAUGGUGUGCGCAACCUCUUCAACUUUUUUUGGCUGUGCGGCAAGCUCAAGCACCUCAAGAGGACGGGUUGGGUGAACCACAAAGUGUCCGAGCCCGAGACGGUAUCGGGACACAUGUACAGAAUGGCGAUGAUGUCGUUUCUCUUUGGAAGCAAGUCAAAUCCCAGUGUCGAUAGAGACAGGUGUAUCAGGAUGGCGUUGGUUCAUGAUCUGGCCGAGUCGAUUGUUGGAGAUCUCACCCCUUCAUCUGGAGUCAGUAAAGAGGAGAAACACUCCAGAGAAAAGGCAGCAAUGGAGCAGAUUCAAACCUACCUUCCCCAAGAGGUUGGAAAAGAAAUGUACGACCUCUGGCUGGAGUAUGAGACGGGACAGACUGCCGAGGCUCGGGUCGUGAAGGAUUUGGACAAGUUUGACAUGAUAUUCCAGGCUUUCGAGUACGAAAAAGCUGAGUCAAGAGAAGGCGAGUUGCAGCAAUUCUUUGACUCAACCAAAGGUACGUUUGUGAGUCCAGAAGUGAAGGAGUGGGUGAGUGAACUGUACUCAAUGCGACAAGACGCACUGGGACCGUCCGAUUAUCCACAUCCCUCAAACUAACACUCUCUCUGUGCAAUAUACUACAUUAUAUAUACACACUCUUCAUAACCAGCAAAUGUGACCGUAACAGCAGCACAGGGCAAUAACAAUAUGCCUAAACACUUUCAGUGUAUCUAUCCACUUGUAUGAUGCAUAAUACUAUGAUAUUGGUAGCUAUAAGUAUGGGGUGUUCUUUUGUGGGAGGGGACUGGACUCCACGGUCACUUCUUUGGCUGUGGUGGCCACUGCUUCGGUGGGCGUCUCUUGGUGGAGGGAGCUGUCUUCUUUUGAGGCUGUGGAGGCCCACUGUCAACCCUGUCAUUGGCAGGAGCUUGAAACUUUGAAAGAAUUCCGCCCAGCUUUUUGGUGGGUGACUUGGCUUUCUCCUGUGCAGGUGGUGAUUUCUUUACUGGAGGAGAAGCCUCUUUCUCUACUGGGGCUGGUGAAGGCGUUUUGUCUUGCACCACAGCCGGCGCAAGCUGCUCUUCUGAUUGCCCGUCCACUUCUUCCUUCUCCUCCUCUGAUGGAGUGGGUUGGGCCUCAGCCAGAGUAGGUUGGACUUCAGCUGGAGUGACCAACUCCGGAGUUGGGGUGGGGGAUUUCGGUUUUUCCUCCGGGGUAGGGGUAGGUGUCUUUGUCUUCUGGAGUUUCGGAGUGGGUGACUUUGCUUUCUCUGGAGAAGGUGACUUGGAUUUCUCUGGAGUUGGUGUGACCUCCUUUUCGGGGGAUUUCUUCUUUUUCGGCUUCUCGGGGGCUACUUUCCCUUUCUGGAGUUUCGGAGUGGGAGAUUUCACUUUCUCCGGGGUAGGGGUUUCCUCCUUUUGAGGGGACGGGGUUGGGAUUUUCUCCUUUGGCUUUUUCGAAGCUGGAGAUCGUGGCUUUGUUGGGGGAGGAGCCGAGAGCUGUUCGCCAGCACUCCCCUCACCGUUUGCUAGAGUGGGGGUCUUUUCUCUGGAUUUCUCGGGAGGAGGAGAGGAGAUUUCUUGAUCAUUAGUAUCACCAUUGAGAAGAAUAGGCUCAGCCUCCAUGAUUUCAGUGAGCUCUUGUUCGAGUUGGUCUUUCUGUACUUUCAGCAGUAUUAUCUCCUCCUCCUGUGCAAUACACAAUACAACGAAUGCUCUGAGAAAGUGUGGCAAUAAAGGACUAUGUGGUCAAAAGUAAAAUGCUGGU